AAUCGUAUAUGGUGAGGGGCGGGACCUCAGUGUUUCAUAAUAACCCCGUGCACGUCUGUAUAAAACAAGAGCUCCUACUAAUCUCGUAUAAACAAUGUUUUGCAGGGGUUAAUUUAUUGGUUACAACAUGAUCCAAGCGACUAUUUAAAAGGGAAUCCUGCAGCCCCUCAAAAUGAAGGGUCUUUUCCUCGUGGAGCCGGUGGUUGCCCUGUACGCUUUCUCCAGUUUUCUCAUCUAUCCUCUCGUGCAGCAGUAUGUGUACCGGAGGCUCUGGCAGCAGCUGACAAAUACCACCUAUCCCAUCUCUGAUAACAACUCCAGAUGUGCAGCAAACAGCAGCAGCAAUCAUUCAAGCUACCAUGAGGUGGUACAGAGGCAGGCAUCUCUCUUCUCCCUUUACACAGAGCUCUUCUCCACAAUCCCCUCUUUGGUUGUCACUCUCAUGCUUGUGGCCUAUAGUGACCGGGGAGGACGCAAGGUCACAAUCAUCAUGCCUUUGAUUGGCUCGUUGAUCUACACCUUGGCCUUCCUGACAGUGUCCUACUUUGAGCUCAACAUUUACUUGCUCAUUGGCUCCUCGCUUCUCAGUUCUCUGUUUGGCGGCUUGGGCACAUUUCUGGGGGGCUGUUUCGCCUACAUAGCAGAUUUGUGUGAGGAUGGUCAUCAGAAGACGCUGCGCAUGGCUGGACUGGACAUGAUGAUUGGCCUGUUGUCUGGGGUGGCAUCAAUAUCAACAGGCUACUUUCUGAGAGCUGCGGGCUUUAACUGGCCUUUUGUAACCUCUGCACUGUGUCAGUGUAUGAUCCUGCUCUAUGCAAUUUUCAUCCUUGAAGAGACUGUGAAGAAGGCUCCCACUGAUGCCAUAAUUCUAGAUGGGUCUCCUCAGCGUUCAGCCUUGAAACAGAUGAUCUAUGGGGUCUACCAGAUGUUUGCAGGGGCCAGCUGCAGGUGUAAAACUGUCUUGGUCCUUCUGAUGCUCAUCUUCACCAGCUUCUCCUUUGCCUAUGUGGGUGGGAUCUCGUUGGUGACACUAUAUGAGCUCAAUGAGCCACUGUGCUGGACUGAGAUUUUGAUUGGCUACGGCUCAGCACUGUCCACCACUGUGUUCCUGGUCAGUUUUGUGGGAGUGUCAGCGUUCACUUACUGUGGUGUGCCACAGCUGCUCAUUGUCCUGAUGGGGAUCCUGUCCGUCAUAUCAGGCAUGGUCCUGCUGGCGUUUGCUAAGACCACUUUACUGAUGUUUAUAGUGAGGGUCCCAAUGCUUCUGUCUAUCAUGCCUUUCCCUGUUCUACGCUCCAUGAUGUCAAAAAUCAUCUCAAAGUCUGAGCAGGGAGCCCUGUUUGCCUGUCUUUCCUUUCUGGAGAGUUUAACUAACAAUGUAUCGAGUGCAGUUUUCAACAGUGUCUACGCUGCUACGGUGGCAUGGUACCCUGGCUUCAUCUUCCUGUUGUCUGCAGGACUCUGUGUCAUCCCUUUGUUUCUUCUAGGGGUGGUGGGUCUGAGAGGAGUGGAUGUUGCCAAAGAGGUCAAAAAGCCAGAGCCUUACAUCUCAGGGGAGGAGGAUCCUGUUGAAGAUCAGAACGAAAACAGUCCUCUUCUUAGCUGAGCCACAUAGACUGCCAAAACCUCACCAGCACUUUAAAAAAAAUAUUCUGUAGUCAUUAAUUCUAAGAUAAUUUUUUCAAAAGUACCUCAAUGACUCUUGUUUUCAGUUUCUGCAGGUUACAAAUUCAUAUCUUUUGCUGUGGUUGUUUGUGUUAUUGAACUUUAAUAUUAUGACGUUACAACAGAGAGUUGUAGGCAAACUGAAACAGUGAAUUCAACAUUAUUGGAUUAGUUACAUGUCAAGAUGGUAGCAUAAAUAGGAUAUAAAGCAUUUCAGUGCAUCAAAUUUAAUAGGUCUUCAAUUAAGAAUGGUGUGUUAGUAUUCCCAGACAUUAUUUAUACCUCAGAAUGGUCUGACUGUGACAUUACUAACAUAUUCAAAAGGAAUUCAUGUGUUUUCAUACACUUUUAAAGUGUGAUAUGAUUUGCAAUUAUAAAAAUAUUUGCUUUCCGAGUUCCAGUCAUGCGAACUGACUUGUCUGUUUAUCUCUCCUUUUUAGUGCAAUGUUAGUUAAUGUCUUUACAAAGAGCUCCACUGGCACUUGUUCUAAGAAUGUAUAAAGAAUGUCAAACUAAUCAAAACCGUGAAGCAAGUAACCCCCAGAGGGAGGAAGGGAUUUUUAAAAGUAACCAAUCACUGCUUUUUAUGAAAUGAAUGAAAUCUAUUUAGAACAUACAUUUUUAUGGUUGCCCUCUAACCUUAAUGUUUUGUGAUUUAAGGUAUGAUAAGGAAGGAAAAGACCUAAGCAAUAUCGGGAAAAACAUAUAAAGUUAAAAUUACAAAAAGACGACAUUUAAACAUUAAAUGUUUCAAAGGUUUUUUGAUGAAAAAUUGUGGGUGGUAUAUCAAAUUGGUCUGGAAUAUGUAAUUUUUAUAUAUCUACCCUUUAUUGUGCCAAAACUAUUACAUUAAAACAAGAUGACAUUUUAGGUAUGGUUUUUGGUGGACCACCCACUGGGAAUUUGACUCUUCCCAUAAGUUUUUGUAGUUUUUUUUUUGGGUGGUUAUGGAUUUAUUUUUGACUUUAGUAACCACACAGAUGAUAAACUCCAGAGUGUAAUUUUGUUUUGUGACUCAAUUCCCAAAUGUUGUAUCAUAAAAACACUGGGACGUAGUUAGUGUUUUUGUGUUUUUUCUCAAAAGUGCAAAUAAUCGAACAAUUAAAAUGACAAAUGUUUAGAUUUGUCAUAUGUUUGUUUUUCACCUGUGGUAUUAUGCUGUUCCUUUAUGUGUAUGUCUUUGUGAAAGUACAAUUUAAAAAAACAAAAAAAAGAAAGAAAUGAAUUUUGAAAUUUCUUUGAGAAUGCAAUGAAGUCCUCUAACACCGUCCCAAAAAACAGUAGAGAAAGACUCUUUUCUUUAUGUUUGCAUGGACAAGUAAUCCUGUUGCUUGCUAAAACCACCAAUAAUGAAGGUUUAUGUGCUGUGUCCUAAACAGCGAUAAUGUGAUUUAGUAUUGGAAAAUACUUCUCCCUGGCAAGAAUUGGGUGUUUUUGCAGGGAGAUCUUUACUUGAUGGAAAGCCUCCUGACUAACUAGAUUUUCAGUCAAUAAAAAUAAGCAGACUUUGUUGUCUGUCUAGCAUUGGGUUUGAAAAGAAACACCAUCAGGAAAUUAAAUUAACAAAUAAAACCUUGAAUAUUUAAGUUCAACUUACUUACUUACUACAUACUUGUCAACCAUCCAAAAGGGCAUAAAAUACAAGAACAAUCAAGUUCACACCCACAAUUGUAAGACAAAAGUGUUCUCAGCCUAGCUCUAGACCUCUACAUUGCAUCCACAUCUCUGAUUUGUUCAGUGAUUCAAACAGACUGAAGGAAGUGAAACAAAAUGGCAGUUCAGUCUGAUUCUCAGACUACACUUCCCUCGCUCUGUGCUUAGACUUCAGCAUGCUCAUUCUGUUGCAAGGUUCAUUUUUCUGUAGUCACAGAGUCACCUGUCAGCAGCGACAAAAUAUAAUGCUUUCAUGCAUUAAUUUUUAGGUUGUCUGUAAAGUUGUGGGUGUUUAUUGCUUGACUCUUAUUUAAAUCUGUAUGCUGAGUCACAGUACUGACAUGUUUUAAUAAGUCUGUGUCCAAGGGUAAGAGUAAACUGAUUCUAAUUCCCAUGCUUGUGAGGUUAGGAACAAAAAAGUGACGCUGUCUUUUGUAUAUUGACCACUAAGUGUCACUCUUGGUCCAGGCUUACAGGCACACUGACAUGCUACACCUACAUCAUCAUCAGCCAGCAACAUAGGCAUAUAAAGCCCUACAUAAAAUACCAGCUGUUGUAGACAUGGAAAUAAAGGAAGGAUGUUAAGAUCUGA